ACCUCGUGAUGUGGACGGCGGAGUAAAAGGCGCCAGUGUUUGGUGUCCUUCCAGAGAGAAACAUCACAAACUGCUGCAUGAGGUUUUAAAACCUGAAGCGAAGCUACAAAGAGCAGGUCGGGGAGAAGUCGAGGAGAGGAACUUCAACAUGAACUCUGAGAGGAAACUGUCAGCUGGCCAGCGGAGAGCUUUACCUUCAGAUGUCCAGAAAGUGAUUGUUGGUGAAGAACAUCAGCAGGAGUGGAGCUCCAGUCUGGACCAGGAGGACACAAAGCCCCCACACAUUAAAGAGGAACAGGAGGAACUCCAGAUCAGUCAGGAUGAAGAACAGCUUCAAGGGCUGGAGAAGGCUGAUAUCACCAAGUUCUCAUUCACUCUGGUCCCUGUGAAGAGUGAAGAUGAUGAAGAGAAACCUCAGUUCUCACAGCUUCAUCAAAGACAAACGGAAGAGAUAAAAACAGAAGCUGGUGGAGAGGACUGUGGAGGACCAGAACCAGCCAUGAAAUCAGAUCCAGAUACACAUUUACAAUCAGCUACUGAUGACGAGACUGGAGACUCUUCUGAACCUGAGACUGAUGCCAGUGUUGAUUGGAAGGAGACCAGAGAACCUCAGUCAGGUUUAAACUCUAUGAAAAAUAAUGAAGUCCCUAUCAGUGAUUCGAGAUUUAGUCUUAAGAGACACAUGAUAGCUCAUACAAGAGAGAAACCAUUUAGCUGCUCUGUCUGUCAGAAGACGUUUAUAAGGAGUGCAAGUUUAAAGCGACACAUGAGAUGUCAUACAGGAGAGAAACUAUUUGGCUGCUCAGUUUGUAAGAAAACUUUUACAGAGAGUGGAAAUUUAAAGAUACACAUGAGAAUCCACACAGGAGAGAGACCAUUUAUCUGCUCAGUCUGUAAGAACGAUUUUAGAGACAGGGGAAGUUUAAAGAGCCACAUGAGAAUCCACACAGGAGAGAAACCAUUUAGCUGCUCAGUCUGUAGGAAAGCUUUUACAGUGAGUGCACAUUUACAGAGACACAUGAAAAUCCACACAGGAGAGAAACCAUUUAGCUGCUCAGUCUGUAAGAAAGCGUUUAAUGAGAGUGCAGAUCUACAGAGACACACGAAAACCCACACAGGAGAGAAAUCAUUUGGCUGCUCUAUCUGCAAGAAAACAUUCAUAGAGAGUUGGCAUUUAAAGAGCCACAUGAGAAUCCACACAGGAGAGAAACCAUUUAGCUGCUCAGUCUGUAGGAAAGCUUUUACAGUGAGUGGAAGUUUACAGAAACACAUGCGAAUCCACACAGCAGAGAAACCAUUUAGCUGCUCAGUCUGUAAGAAAGCUUUUAAAGAGAGUGCAUACCUACAGAGACACACAAAAACCCACACAGGCGAGAAAUCAUUUUCCUGCUCUAUCUGCAAGAAAACAUUCAUAGAGAGUUGGCAUUUAAAGAACCACAUGAGAAUCCACACAGGAGAAAAACCAUUUAGCUGCUCAGUCUGUAAGAAAGCUUUUAAAGAGAGUUCACAUUUACAAAGACAUAUGAAAAUCCACACAGGAGAGAAACCAUUUGGCUGCUCUAUCUGCAAGAAAACAUUCAUAGAGAGUUGGCAUUUAAAGAGCCACAUGAAAAUCCACACAGGAGAGAAACCAUUUGGCUGCUCUAUCUGCAAGAAAACUUUCAUAGAGAUUGGACGUUUAAGGAAACACAUGAGAAUCCAUGUAUUUUAAGACGUGUUGCAUGGAGA